AUGGAACGCAAACAAGUUUCUGUUCUAUUGUUGAUUACCAUAAAUUUUUUACUAGUUCAUUCGCUGCAAACCGUACCGAACGAGUUGUGUGACGGUGUUAAAAGUAAUUCGUUUGUGGCCGAUCCAGAGGAUUGUACCAAAUUUUUCCAGUGCAAUGUAGACUCAGUCAUACACGGCACAUGCCCCAAAGGAAUGUAUUAUCAUUCCAUAGAUGUGUGUAGUACAGAUGCGGCUGAUUGUGAAAGUUUAACACACCCAGACCUGACAACGACAUCUACCGAUAGUUCGCUAACCACAUUACCUGCUACAUCCACCGUAAAUUCGCCCAUGGAUAAUGCAACCGAUCCAGAGUCAUUUUGCCUAGCGGCGGAUCCUAAUUUUCCAAGCUUCGUAAAAAGUCCCUCCGACUGUUCGGAGUAUUACAUCUGUGUGGAUCAAAAACCAAUCUUACAAAAGUGUACUGCUGGAAGAUACUGGAACGCUGCGCUACGUUACUGUGACGAUCCGGAAAAAGUAUCCUGCGAACAUGAUCGCAUACUCGAUCCGCAAGACGUUUGUCAGCGAACAACAAUUAAUGAUAUUUCCUUCACCGCCAGUCCCACCAGUUGUGGCGAAUACUAUUUAUGCUUCCAAAGAAAACCAUUUCUUAUGCACUGUGCCCCCGGAAGUCACUGGAACUUUAAAACAAAACAAUGUGAUGUCGCCGCAGUUGUUAAAUGCAAGAUACAAACUACCAAAGUUCACCUUGACUCGAUGUGCGUCGGAAACAACGACAAAUUCUUGAGCCAUCCCGCUUAUUGCGAUCUGUACGUAUAUUGUCGAAAUGGCAAGGCGUCUACCCAACGAUGUCCAUUCCUCACCGAUUGGGAUACAGUCAGCGUUCGUUGUGUUCCACGCUACCUGGCUAAAUGUACAAAGCAGCGUCUUCAUUGA